AUGGUACCCGGGGCACGGCCGCAGCCAGGCAGGUGGGAGCGCAGGGAGGCUCUGAUAGGAGCUGCUCUGCCCGCCCGGGGACGGGAGGAGCUGCGAGCAGAUGGAAGAGCUGUGGAGCGCCUGCGCUCCGCUGGCAUUCCCAGCAGGAACGCGCCAGGCAAAGGCUUCCUCAGCCGCAGCAGUGCCGGCGGCUUCCUGGAGCUGGGCGAGUGCCCGGGCUUGACGGGGCCGGCUGUGGCCGAGCAGGGCCCAGGGAAACCACGGUCCCGUCUGGGCCCAAAGGGCACCCACUCGGCCCCGGGCGGUGCCGAGGGAGCCGUGCCGCCAUCGCUGCCGCCCUCAGGGGAACCACCGGAGCAUUCACAUGCUUCAGACACUUGUCUGGGCAACGGCCUCAUCAUCAGCACCGUAGCCUGCGGCCACCACCUGCACACGCCCAUGUUCUUCUUGCUGCUCAACCUGGCCCUCAGCGACCUGGGCUCCAUCUGCACCACUGUCCCCAAAGCCAUGCACAAUUCCCUCUGGGACACCAGGGACAUCUCCUACUCAGGAUGUGCUACACAGGUUGUCUUCUUUGCCUUUUUCAUGUCAGCAGAAUUUGCACUUCUCACUGUCAUGUGCUACGACCGCUACGUGUCCAUCUGCAAACCCCUGCACUACGGGACCCUCCUGGGCAGCAGAGCUUGUGCCCACAUGGCAGCAGCUGCCUGGGCCAGUGCCUUUCUCAAUGCUCUCAUGCACACAGCCAAUACAUUUUCCCUGCCCCUGUGCCAUGGCAAUGCCCUGGGCCAGUUCUUCUGUGAAAUCCCACAGAUCCUCAAGCUCUCCUGCUCAAAUUCCUACCUCAGGGAACUUAAGGUUAUUGUUUUUUCCAUCUCUUUAGCAUUUGUCUGUUUUGUGUUCAUUGUUUUCUCCUAUGUGCAGAUCUUCAGGGCUGUGCUGAGGAUCCCCUCUGAGCAGGGACGGCACAAAGCCUUUUCCACCUGCCUCCCUCAUCUGGUUGUGGUCUCCCUGUUUAUCAGCACUGCCUUUUUUGCCUACCUGAAGCCCCCCUCUAUCUCCUCCCCAUCCCUGGAUCUGGCCCUGUCAGUUCUGUACUUGGUGGUGCCUCCAGCCCUGAAUCCCCUCAUCUACAGCCUGAGGAACCAGGAGCUCAAGAAUGGUCUGAGGAAAAUUAUAACAAAUGAUAUUCAGAAGCAAUAA